AUGGACUUCGGAGUGAUCGAAGUAGCAAAUUCCAGAGCCAACGCCGCUCCAGGCUGGGCCUAUGUACCAGAUGUAGGAGUCAAGAACUCCCUCACAGCCUUGCAUCCCCGCAAACGCGCUCGAAAUCAACUGGCGACGCUCCACGACACAACCGCAAAACAAGAUGCCAAAAUCCUACGAGGACUCGCGGAACUAGACCGAGAGAAUCAUAAAGAUGUAUCGAUCCCAAUACCUGCGAAGCAGCGGGAUAGUGGCGGUCGAGGCGCUCAUAAAAGCACUCCCGCCGUCCGAAAGAUUAUCAGCUCCCAAAAGACGUUUGCAAACCACCUCGAUGACUUCCAAGUCCUCAAACCGUCCGCCACAACCACAACCUCCCAGCCAGUCUCCGCUCCACCCAGUACGCCGGCAGCGGCAACAGUGACGGCAACUCCUAAUUCCAAACGUUCCCAUAAAAAGAAGGAGCCGGUAGUGUCGAAAUCAACGCCUCUCCGCAAAGUCUCAACAGCAUCGAAAACUUCGGCCUCCACACCAGCCGCAGAGCCCAUCAAAGCCGAACCACCUCCCGAUGUGGCCAUGACAGAUGCGCCACCUAUACUCUCCUCAAGCAGCGACUCAGGCCCCGCUCCCCACCCAGGGGACAGCGACCAGUUACUCGUAUCAAGAAUACCUGCUAUGCCUUCGCAGGCAGAAAUAGAGCAGUUACUAGCUGCGCCACCGCUGAGCUACACUGAGGCCAAGGGACCUUGGACGGACCAAGAUAAGAGCAAACCUGACCAAGACAUUUUAUUUUUGGCGUUGGAGAGUUAA